CUACAAAUUGAUAAUCAUUAUAAGUGAGGAUGUUAUCCACACAUAAGUAAUUUUUUCCUCUAAUUAUCAGUCAACUUUCGCCAUGGAAUCUGACACAAGGCUUGAACAGAGUUUGUCCGAACUAAAAUUAAAAAUUAAAGAACAUGACAAACUUGGUCCGUACAGUGAAAUCCUAGAUGAUCCGUUUCUCAAGGUGUUUUUACAAGGGAAAGGGUUUGACGUGGACGUAGCUCUGAGUUAUAUAGCAAAGUACAUGCAUAUGAGGACCGUAAAAUAUAAGAAACAAAUGAGCCCCUACUUACCGUCCAAGGCUCGCUUACUAGAGACUGAAUUCAGCCAAAUGUUACGUAACAAGGACCAACAUGGGAGAUAUAUUGCGGUGCUAAAUACUUAUGUCUGGAAUCCAGAGAUGGCCUCCGUGCAGGAAAGUAUCGCAGCGGUGCUUUUCGCCCUUGAUGAAGGAAUGCGACGCUAUUUUUCCCACAAGCCGGAUGGCGUCGUCGUAAUUAUCGACUGCAAAGACACCACUCUCUCGAAAAUUCGAGCCGUAACGUCUUCAGAGAUCAUUCAAACAAUGGACCUAUUCUUUAAAUGCCUCCCAGCAAGUCCAAAAGAGAUACACUACGUGAAUGAAAACAUCAUGUAUCGUGGAUUUUUAAAUACUUUGCUGAGUUUUUUUGGCAAGAAAAUGAGAGGACGGGUCCAUAUUCAUUCGUCCAAUAUGGAAUCCCUUCAUAAAUUUGUAGCGCCAAACAUCCUGCCGAAAUCUUUAGGUGGAACUUUAACCAAUGAGGAAGCCUACGACAGUGACCUGAUAAACGGUGCUCGGGAAAAUGAUAAGUUCUACAAGGGAAUUUGGCCGUCGGACAAGUUGUAAUAUGCAUAACUAAAAGUAAUAUACUUCUCUUGUAUAUAGGACAUGUUUAUAAAUGUUUGUAAUGUAUGUAUGUAUUUAUAUUGGUGUAAAAGAUUUUAAAAUUCUUGUUAACCAAUUACUUAUGAACAUAAAACCUUAACUAUAAAUACUAAAUAAUUUGGGAUACAUUUAUAUCCAAUCUUGUUUUAGUUAAGAGAGAGCUUAUAUGGAGUGUAAAUUUGAUUCGCAGAGUAUUAAUGCAUUACAUAAUCUCAUUAAAAUCGUAUUUAUGGUAUGAAUACUGCAAGUACUUUGAAAAAAAACAUCAAUUAAAUACUUACAAGAAGCAUUCGGA